GCCCCGCCCCUCCGCUGCUGACGCCGCCGCCGCCGCGUUGUGAGGACCCUGCCGGGCGCAGCCGCUGCCGCUCCUUUCCUCAGGCGUCUGCUGCCGCUCUUCAACCUUGGUCUGGCCUGCUUCCCUUCUCUCCCCCCCCUGCCCACCCCCGGACUUCCCUCUUCUCCUCGAGGCGGCCGCUGGUUUUCGCCCCUUCGCCGCCGCCGCCGCGUCAGGUUCUCGCCGCUCCUCGCUCGCCAUGACCUUGUUGACUGCCAGCAGCAGGGCGGCCGCGCGCCUCUUGGGGGCCAAGGUGAGGUGAAAUUCCCUUUCUCGCCUCCCCCGCCGGCCAUUUCGCCCUUCCCGGGGCCUCUGACAGGCCGCCCUUAAAGGGGCCGCGCCCUCCACGAGACUUGCCCGGAGGCCUCGCGAGGGGUGGGAGGCUGUGUAGCGCGUGUUUGAGUGGUGGGGGGUUGCGUCCCAACUCUUGCUAAGGAGCAGCAGCUGGGAUCUUCUCGGGAUCUUCCGGAUCCCUUGGGAUCUGCCGUUGCAGUGCGCGGGGGGGGGGGGUUCGUCUUGCCCUGGUUCUGUGCAACUUGGCUGUUCCGGUAUCGGAUCCGUCGGGCUUUUAAAUCUCAGGGUCGUGGGUUCGAGCCCCACGCUGGGCAAAAAAUAAAAAAAGAUUCCUGUAUUGCAGGGGGUUGGGCUAGGUGACCCUGGGGGGGACCCCCUUCCAGCUCCAAUAUUAUGGGAAUUCGUAGGGCGCGGGGUCUCGUAACGCGAUUGUAGUGGGGAGUGGGGCCUGUGCUGGGUACAUCUGUGUCCUUGGGGUGGGACUGCCUUAUCUACCGCCUUAUCCACCGCUCCACUUCCACGUUUCUCUUUCAGAGGACGUUGCGUUAGGUCUAGGCUUGUUGAAAGAUGUUCUCUACUUUAUUACCCCGUUAGGCUGCUGUUUCCCCUCCCGUAUGAAAUCUUAAAGGGAGAGGGAUCUUUAUUGGUGGGGUGGAGAAAGAGAGAAAGGCAACGAAAUGGUGAACUGCUGUGGUUGGUUGGUGGGUAAGAGGUAAAAGAAGAAACUGUUGCUGUGUAAUAUAUCCCUUUCUCCUCUCUUCCCAUUAAGAGGGUUGACUUCAUUUUGAGAUUUCCAUCAUCAUAUGUUUUGGGAAUAUCAGGCCUUGGCAAUGGCAGACUUGGCUUUUUCCUGUUCACGUGACCUCUGGAUGGGAAACUGCUCAUUCCCUCUGACAGGUGCGGUUGUAUGCUCCCGCCCCCAGUCUUAAGUUUGGUAUCUAGGGGAAAGGUGCAGCAGGCAUAUUCUGGUUCCUUUUUAUAGCAGGUGGAUUGAAGCAGCUAAACUGGUGCAUGUUGGUGGAAAUGUAGCUAAGCUAGGAAACUGUGCCUCCUUUCCCCCCUCUUGUGAGAUCCCCAGCCCUUAUUAAACAACUUGAUCACCUUUAAGCUUCUCCUAGGAUGCUUAGAGGGCAAAAGGGUCAGCUGUCAAAAGGGUGAAGUUGGGAUGGAGUAUCCCUUAACAUGAGUAAUCAACGUCAUGCUGCUGGUUGCUAGUUUUUCUUAAAGUGGAAGAAAUACUAGCAAUUGUUUCAUGGAAGGGAAACAAUGCAUGAAUCUAUAAAUUAAUGUUUGCUGACUGGCUCACACCCCAGCAUGGUGGAAUGUUGGAAGGGCAAAGUAGGCCUCUAGUCUAAUGUAUUUGGAAAGUAGUGCAGCUUCCUAGUAAGCAUUUUCUUUUCUUUUGCUGCAAGAUUGCAGUGAUAAAGUUGUGGGAUGUAUUAGAGGCAACAAACACACCAUGCACAGACAUCCUGUAACAAGUGAUAUUUCUUGAAAGCAGUCUCUUUCUAUUGGGCUAUUUUCCAAGUGCCCAUUUUUUCUUCGUGAUCUGUGUUCUCCUUUGCUACAGUCUAAUUUUCUGCCUUUUAUUGAAAGUUCAAUAUGCUGUUUGCUGUUGUCUUGCUGAAAAGUCUGGCUGUGGCUUUUUCCCUAGGAUAAAGGGCCAUUUGACAAUUUUAUUUGAACUCCAGACUCACUAUAUUCCCUAACCAAUCGAUUGCAAAUGGCUAAUCCCAGAGCAUUUAUUUUGGGCUUAUUUACCUUUUCCCCAUUCCUGACUUCUGCCUGCUCUGUUGCUGUACUUUGACUAAAUUUUGAUGACUGAGGAAAUCUGUUCUGUUUCUGCGUAGUACAGAUAUGCAGCAGGGCAAGUAGAUAGUGAAGUUAAAAUUAGGACAUACUUAACUUGGGUCUGAAACAAAAGCCAGAUGAGCCAGACUUGUAGUGACCCGAGUAAGCUCUUCAUCUCUCUGCUCCUAAUCCUCUCCCAAAUACCUUCCCCCUUUUCCUUUUUUGAUUUUUAGCUUUUUAUUUCUCUUUUAAAUUUUGCUUCUUGUGGUGGUGCCUGUUCUUUCUCUUCAGGGAGUAAUUGCAUUUCCAGCACUCUUAAUUGUAUUAUGUGGGUGUCUGGAGAUUUCAGCUGUCUCUGUGAUACUUACAACGCUGGGCUAAAAUUGUAGAUGUUUGAGCAGGGGGGAGGCAAAUUGUGGGUCCUACCUGUGGAGUAUUUGUCUUGCUUACAGUGAGUGUAAUUAUUGGGAUGUAGUAUUUGGAUCUGCUCAAAUCUGGUGUGAUUGAGAACCACCCUGGAUAUGCAAGGGUCUCCAGGGAUGUGUCUGGCUUCAGUUUCAACCAUAUACAAUAUGUGAAUGUUUUUCACAAGUGUUGAUAACUACAAAGGAGUAAUUAAUGUUUUAUUUAUUUAUUAUUUGUUACAUUCAUUUCCUCCCAAGGGAACCGAGAGCAAGCAUACAGAUGACCUAAAAUAAUAAAAUGCUCAUCUAAAAAAACACUGCAAUAAAACAAAAUUUGUGCUUUCUGCUGGUAAAGGUAAUAAAAGCUUGGCUCCAAUCACUGUUCCCUGAAAGUUCAAACAGGUGUUUUUUUUUAGUGUUGGAAAAAAAAUGUGUUGGGGGGCAACUGGACAGUACAUUGUAGAAAGGAGCAAUUAAUGUUUUAUUUAUUUAUUUUUUGUUACAUUCAUUUCCUCCCAAAGGAGCCCAGAGCAAGCAUACAAAUAACCUAACAUAAUAAAAUACUCAUCUAAAAAAACACUGCAAUAAAACAAAAUGUGUGCCUUCUGCUGGUAAAGGUAAUAAAAGCUUGGCUCCAAUCACCGUUCCCUGAAAGUUCAAACAGGUGCUUUUUUAGUGGUGGAAAAAAAUGCGUUGGGGGCAACUGCACAGUACAUUGUAGAAAGGUGUCACCCUUCCCUUGGUAACUUUCCUUUACAGUAUAAGUCUCUGGUCCUAUUCAUACCUUUGGGAAAGCAGGUAUGCACAAACUGUGUGGUGGGAUUGAGGUGGGCACUUGCCUGCAUUGGCAAUAUAAGCUCUUCAUCUUUAUGCUCCCAAUCCACUAUUUCUUCUCCCAGCUGUGUUCCCCUCUUCCUUUUUAAUUGCUGUUCUCUUUUUCUGCUGCUGCUUCAAACAAUAAUUGCCAGUAGCAGGAGAAGGGCUGCCUUAUCUUAGUUUUCCAUCUGCGAUGCCUGUUGCAGCUACGUGACAUCAGUUGCUAGCUGCAAAGAGGGGAGCCUGGUCUUUUGUAUUUUCUACUCUUGUAUUGCUUUAUCCGAGUUGUGUAAAGGAAGUGCCAAGUUCUUGAGUGUGCUCUUUGGCUGGAUAUACUUAAUUCAACAUCAAGUCACAGCAUAUAUGCUGAUAGUGUUAGUUCUAGUGAUACGUAUUCCAUGGCCUCAAAAACAUUGGGUGGGAUACAACUAACUUGUUGGGGGAACCCCAGAACAGCUUUAAAAGUGCAUGGGGGGGGGGAGUCGCAUUGCAUGAGUGGACCUAAUUCCUCAAACACAUAACGAAUUCCACCCACUGUGUGGUUUUUAAAGAGCAUGUGUCUCUUGCUUACACAUGUUAGACCGUACUUGCCAAUAAAAUGUCACAUUCAGGUUUUAAUAGGUACUCUGAGCUGGGAUUCUGUAAUGGGGAUGGCAGAACCUGUUUUCCCCCAAGGAUUCUUCUGGUUUACAGGUGAAGAAAGCAAGAGCUUUAGCGGGGUGUAAGCUUGCAUUAAUGGAGGAAGUAAGCUCUUGUUUGCAUAAGGUUUACCUAAGAGUGGUUUCGUUAUCUUGUCCUGAUUUGUAUUUUAAGAGUGUAGGAGAAACUUUGGGUGUGCUUGGGCACAGCCAAGAGCUGUUCUUGUGCAAUUAGAAGUACUGUAUAUAAGAUUCAGAGAUCCACCCAGCCUCAAUCAGCCAUACAGAAGUGCACCUUUCUUCUUUCGGAAAGAGAUGGUGUGCUGGUUAUAAUCUCAGCUCUGCUACUGUUCCUCUAAACUCUUUACCAAAUACUCUGCCCAUCAGCAACUCAGUCCACUGCUCUUCUCUUAAAGAAUGGGGUUUUGAGUUGAGAGUAGUCUGUUCAGGUGUUUGUAUAUGACUAACCAAAAUACCGUAUUUUUUGCCCUAUAGGACGCACUUUUUCCCCUCCAGAAAUGAAGGGGAAAUGUGUGUGCAUCCUAUGGGGCGAAUGCAGGCUUUCGCUGAAGCCUGGAGAGCGAGAGGGAUCGGUGCGCACCGACCCCCUCUCGCUCUCCAGGAUUCAGGAAGCUCUGCACAGCCCUCCGGAGCCUGGCGCGAAGUCGCGCCGGGCUCCCGACGGCUGCGCAGAGCUGCCUGCAGCCCCGGGCUUCGUGCAGCUCCGCGCAGCCCUCCGGAGCCCGUCGCGAAGUCGAGCCAGGCUCCCGAGGGCUGCGCAGAGCUGCCUGCAUUCCGAAGCCUGGGACGCGCUGAAGAGCACGCCCGGGCUACGCGUACCUCUGCGCAAGCCUGGGGAGACCAGCACUUUGCGCCGGGGUUCCUAGGCUUGCGGAUAGCAGGCUGUUCUGGGGUCGGGGGAAGCUCGGGCUUCCCCCGCGCCAGCCCCACGCCUGGGGGGGAAAGGAUUUUUUUCCCUUUAUUCCCCCCCCCAAAAAAACCUAGGUGCCUCCCGUGGGGCGGUGCGCCCUAUGGGGCAAAAAAUACGGUAUGCUAGGAAGGGAAAGUGUACAUGAACACACUAACUAGCUCUACAUUCCGAAUCCUGUUGUCCUUUGUGUGUUCUAGGGCAGCAGCCUGCACUUGGGAAACCACUUGCACUUGUUGAGUUCCCAUGCAUUUUGGAAAACUGGAAAAGCAGGGUUCCAGAACAAAGGGAAGCUUCCAUGAGUACAGGAGCCUUCCCUGCUGCAGGCAGAUGUAUUGGAACACAUGGAGAAUGAUAGACCUGGAGGAUGCAAGAGCUAGGGUGUUUGUGCAUGCACUUUCAUUUUAGUUAGACCUUAUUACAAAUGCCUGAAUAAUUAUAAUGUGGAUCUGCAACUCUGGCAGCCUUGACUGUUUGAAAGAACCCCCUUUCUUUGUUCCUAAGUGUUAUGCAGCGUUUUCUCUUUUUGGGUGUUCCUUGGAACUCUGUAUGUGGAUAUUCAGAAGGACAAACAGGUUAAUGUGCAGCAUAAAGUUCUUGAGGCUAGAUAAUGGACAGUGAGUGAUCAAAUAAGUUUGGGAGUCACUACAGUGGUACCUCGGGUUACAUAUGCUUCAGGUUACACACGCUUCAGGUUACAGACUCCGCUAACCCAGAAAUAGUGUUUCAGGUUAAGAACUUUGCUUCAGGAUAAGAACAGAAAUUGUGCUCCAGCAGCAGAAGGAGGCCCCAUUAGCUAAAGUGGUGCUUCAGGUUAAGAACAGUUUCAGAUUAAGAACGGACCUCCGGAACGAAUUAAGUACUUAACCCAAGGUACCACUGUACAAGGAGCAGUGUUUCAGAGUGGUCUCUUUGAUAGCUCAAACUCUGCAGUAGGGACAGUAAGCCUCAAAAUGAAACCAGUUCCAAGUCUUCAACUUUGCUUUUGCAAUCUAGCUGCAGGGGCAUCAGGACAGAUAACAAUGACAGACAUAACCUUAGUUGGAGACUAAGGAUAUAUCCACACUGGGCCUAAGAAGAAGCCCUCAAAGAGGAAGAAGCCUGCAUUGUUGUCACUGGAACUAAUAGAGCCCUGAUCUCCAGAGCUUUCCACAUUAGUUUUAGUGGUGGUUUUUGUCUGUUUAAUUCUGUAAGCUACUUUGUGUGUCCAAACACAGGAAAAACAGGGUAAAAAUAAUAAACGCAAACAACCCCAUAUCAGUAAUUGAUAGGAUCUCUUUCAGAAAGUAUGUGCAUGAAAAUCCAUUGCAUAUAUUUGAGUGUUUGGGCAGAAAGACAGUAUAUAAAUAUAGUUAGUACUGUAAAUAAGUAAGUAAGUAAGUAAGUAAAUGAAUUCACAGCCAUGUUGUGUUAACUUUAAACAAGUUAAGGUGUGUAAAAAGCACAAGAUGAUGCCAAAACAAACAGGUGCUUGUUGGGGUUUUAUAUCUUGUAGGAAACUCUCUCUGCUGAUUGGCAGUGGGUCUGCUACAUGCAGCAGGUCCUUCUCAUAACUCCUAUUCCAUAGUCACAGUUUCGUCCCAAGUCCCUUAUGUUACAAUUUGGGUCCCCUGAAGGGGCUAGUAUUCCUGCUUUUGUCAAAUCAACUUGAGUGAUGGCCAAAGGAGAAUGUGUAUCUCAGUUUAAUUUGGCACACCUCUAAGAGGAAAAAACGUUUUCUAGUACUAUAGGCAAGUGCUGCUUUGAGAAACCUUUGCACGGUUUGGACCUCCCAAGUCAGAUGGCAUGAUUCACGUUUCUUCCAUGGUGAGUUAUCGUCCCACUGAGUUUUGCUGGCAAGCUGGCCGUUGGCUGGAUUGCAUCACCCAGAUCCUGAUAACCAGGUUAAAAUGACAUGGAGGUGUUUGGCUGGCCUUGCCACCUUAAUUGCCCUUAUUGUUGGGUGCAUGCAAGUCAAGCUAAACAUCAAGGUCUGUUUAAAGUAGGUUGCAUUCACUGAGCCAUUUGACAGUGCCUCCAAAUGACACGAGUCUGAAAUCGGGAACAUUAUUAGGAUAUUCUUUAUAUGUAGCUUCAGUAUCCACACAAGAGAACAAUCUAAAUCCAGGCUAGCAGUAUAGCUGUCCUCCCUAGCUUACAGAAGAAAGCACAGAAAACGUGGUUGCAGAGGUUGGAUGCAGCUCCCUCUGGGUCACAGCUUGUUCACUAGUCUGUGCCUGAACAGAUUUAUAUAGGAAUCCCUUAAUUGGCUCGGACUCCUGCUGGCAGAUAUAAACUGCCCUCUGCAGAAAGACAGCAUUAUCUUGGGUGAGGUCUUCUGAUCUGCUGUCUGUAUUCCCAUUGCAAGGGUGGGGUGGGGUUUAACUUCUGAACUUUUCCAUUACCUUCCUAGUAGAGAUGCAUCUAAGCUCUGAGAAUUCCAUCCCUUCCAGAACAAAGAACAUAGACUUUCCGAAGACCCUUCUGCCUUAGCGGCUGUCUUCUGUCUGUGCAUGCAGAUGUAUGUGCAUGCCCACUCCACUUAACAUACCACUGCUAAAAUGCUUUUGAGGAGCCAAACUUGUGGCUGGGCAACCUUUCCUUCUCAGUUAUAGGUGGGAAAUUGCUUUUAUAUCACAGCAAAAGCACAUAAUACACUUCAGGCCGUUCAGCUGUGAUAUGUCCAUUGGUCGUGGAAUCUAUGUGUAAUUUGUUUUCUUGGUUUUAAAGAACAUGUAUGCAAAAACUCCCUUGUUCUCCUUGCUUCAUAGGGACCGUUUUCAAAACUUUAGGAAGCUCAGCCUAAAACAAGACACAGGAAAAGGACAGUUUCCAGGGUCUAUGGGGGGGACCCAGUUUUUUGUCCAGAGUUCUAGUUCUAGCUUGACGUUUCUACUGCAUUCCCAUUCUGUUCUUUUAAGUGUUCUUCCUUUUAUUGCUUUAGCAUACCAGUCAACGGCAGGCAAUGGUCUCUCUAAAGGUAUAGCAAACAUUUUGAUCAAAUUAGACCAGCCUUCCUCAACAAGUACCCUAUGGAGUACAAAUUCUGAUCAACUCCAGCCAACAUGGCAGAUGGCCAAGAGAUUAUGGGAGUUGUAGUCCAAAACAUCUGGAGGGAACUAGGUAGGGGAAAUCUGAACUAGACCAUUAAAAUAAAACAGGUUAUUUCAUUUAUAAUAUUUAUGUCUUGCUUGUCCAUUAAUAAUCCUGAAAUGGUUAGGUUUAGUAUUGUCAUUAUUAUGUAAUAACACAGUUGAGUGCAGGGUUUCUGUUUCCUCGGUGUAAAAACAUGUCCCAAGGAAAAAGGCUGCUGUCCUGGCAGUAGUAAAGCAUAACCACUUGUCAGUAGUAACCUUAUCAAACCCUAGUGUGUUCAACCUAACUGGGGUAGCUCAGUCGGUAGAGCAUGAGAAUCUUAAUCUCUGGGUCGUGGAUUUAAGUCCCAUGUUGGGCAAAUGAUUCCUGCAUUGCAUAGGGUUGAACUAGAUGACCCUCUUGGUCCCUUCCAACUCCAUAAUUCUAUGAUUCUACGUGAGUUGUUCAUUAGUAAAUCCUCUGACCCAGCAACUCCAUAUGCUUCCAGUGAUCUGUUUGCUGAAGCUCUAAGACAGCCUGUGAAAGCACACAGGGCUCAUUAUCUUUGCUUCUCUACCUCUUGCUCAUUCUUUUCUUAGGAUGUUUUAAAAAGUAAAAUAAACCCGUUUCAUAUAUUACAUCUGGUAAGCGACUGCAGUUUCUGAAGCGCAAGGUGAGCAGGUUUUGUCCAUGACUUUGCAAAAUUCCCUCACAACUGCAAUAAAUAUUCCACAGUACAGUGCUUGAAAAGAGGCAGUGAAGGCAUUCAAAAUUGGAAUAAGAAAGAUUUCAAUUUUCUGGGGGGGGGGGGAAAUGGUCUCUUGUGAAGGCAGAGAUUAUUUAGGACCUAAGGCUCUUCCUUUGCUUUCUGUUUACAUACUUCCCUUUUUCUGAGUCAGAGCUUUCAUGACUCUCAUUUCUAAAGCACCAGAUGCUUUAGAUAUUUAGGAAAGAAUAGGUCUAUUUAUUUAUUUUUAAUACAAUGCAAUCUUGCUUGAGGCUUUCUUGUUUUCUUUCAUUUGUAGAACAAAAAAUAAAUAAAAAUGGCUGCAGUCUUGCUUUUAAGAAUACUCUAGAUUUCCCUAGGCAUAAUUUCCUGCUCUGGAAGCUGUUAUGGUCAUUUGUUCUUAAAGUGACUUACCAAGACACAGUGAAUAACACUGGUUUCUUAGUUCUCUUUUUUAUUGUUUAUGGGCAUCCUUAAGAAGGCACAGGUGGCUGCCGAGAAGAAGGCAGAUCAUUUAUCCUCUGCUAAUACUUUUUACUAGAGAUAGCUUACUCCUUUUGUACCUAUCCUGCAGGUGUUACUCAAUUUCAACUGAAAUUAAGCAAAGAUUCACUGGUAUCAAACUUCAGAAGCUCAACACACUUCCACAGUAAUCAGUCCAUAAACCAAGUAGUAAUAUCCAGCACUAUAAAUAAAUCAUAUCCUGCACUAUAAACACAUUGAGCAUUUAACCACUUGGAUGACUCCCAGAAAUUGGAGUCUUUUAUCUGCCACCUUCCCUCCCAAUUCUUGAGUGUGGUGGUUUUCGGUAUGCAUAGUAUUUGUUUUCGUUUUUGAGAGGUAUAUCACAUUGAGAAAGGAACUUGCCUGUGGAGGAGUUUCAUGUACGGGGUGGGGAAUGGGAUCUUGGACUCCUGCAUCAAUCAAAAGGCAACAUUCUGUCCUGAGUACUUGGUUCUACUGAGAACAAUGGGAAGAAAGUCUGAUAUACAGUGGUACCUCGGCUUACAGACACUUCAGGUUACAGACGCUUCAGGUUAUAGACUCCACUAACCCAGAAAUAGUACCUCGGGUUAAGAACUUUGCUUCAGGAUGAGAACAUAAAUCACGCAGCGGCAGCAGGAGGCCCCAUUAGCUGAAGUGGAACCUCAGGUUAAGAACAGUUUCAUGUUAAGAACGGACCUCCAGAACAAAUUAAGUUCUUAACUCAAGGUACCACUGUACUGGCUGUUGGGGGCAAGGAAGCGUCCCCAUGCUUUGAAGGGAGAAGGCCCUUCCCCAGCAGAACAGUGCCUCUGGGACCUGAGUCUGCUUUAUGCCUUCUCUUUCAACUUAAAUUUUAGGGUUCUUCAGUCAAGGAAAAGGGGAACAAAUGGGGAGAGCAAAAUAAGAUAUGGUUGGAUUUUUAGGGUUUUUUUGCAUACUUUAUCCUUGAAUUCAGCAGUGUCAGCUCCUGCUGGUACAGUAGUACCUCGGGUUACAUAUGCUUCAGGUUACAGACUCCGCUAACCCAGAAAUAGUGCUUCAGGUUAAGAACUUUGCUUCAGGAUAAGAACAGAAAUCGUGCUCCGGUGGUGCGGCGGCAGUAGGAGGCCCCAUUAGCUAAAGUGGUCUUCAGGUUAAGAACAGUUUCAAGUUAAGAACGGACCUCUGGAACAAAUUAAGUACUUAACCCGAGGUACCACUGUAUACUGAAAGAGAGAGAACAUGCAUAAGAGCUGGAAACCACACAAUGGAAAAAACAAAAACAAAGAUCAGUCUUAUUAAUAAAAAUAAUCAGAUGGCAACUGUAGUACCUUACUGACAUAAUACAGUUGGCUUGCACAAUGGCUUUCAGAUGAUUCACGAAAAUUAAUCCCUAGCCAAAGACUGCAGCCCCAAGUUGGACAAAGGAAAGUGGAGCCACAGAAGAGGCAGAGAGCUAGCAAAGAAAUAUCAUGAUGCAGUUAAGAUGACACCUUGUGGUACAAACAGUUCUCCUUUUGGUGGACUUCUUGUAAUAUACGCAGUCCUUCCAUGUAGUGAUAUCAGACUUGACUGUGCAAUGCUGUCAGGUGGAGACUAACAUAGGCAUGUCAUUAUAUUGUGUGGUUUUCCUGAACCCCAGAAAUGUCUUAUUCUGCUGAUAGCUGAAGUGUCUGCUCUUUCACCGUCACCCCUUUCAAAUGUGUAAAUACCAGAGUUCUCAUGGAUUUAUAAGUUCUCCAGAGACUUGAGUACUUUUCCAGCUCUCCAUUUGCACUUUGACUAGAUGUUUCUUUCCUAGUCAAACAAUAGCUUGUGAAAGAAACUCAUUCCUUAUUCUCGGAUUGCUUAUCCUCAGAAUUCAGCAGUAUUUACCAGAGCAUUUCUGACUGAGUGCGUACAGCAAUGUAUGUCUAGCCUCCCCUGGUGCAACUCAACACAGACUAUAACUCUAAGUUAGUGGCUGGGGCAAUCCAAUCAGAUGGGUGUGGUACAAAUAAUAAAUUAUUAUUAUUAACUUUGGGAGAGAGGUUACAAAUAUGACAGGCUCCUUGGCUCACUCUAAAGUCUGACAGGAUCAUGUCACAUUUAUUAAUAUUAGUUUUGUAUUCUGUAUUUUGUUAACUGGUGGCUGACAGGCAAUUGCACUCAUGAUUUGAAUAGAACCAUGAUCCUUCAGACAGUGUUAGAAACUGGGAUGGAAAAGCUAGGAGCCAAAUGGCUUCUGAGACCUGGGUUGUGGGCGCCAAAACAGAAUGUAUAGUCGCCACUGGGGGGUCAGCAACACUUUUUAUUUCUUACUUUGAUAAGCAUAAUAUGCAAUUCACAUAAGUGACAUGUUGUUAAUAUCACAUUUUUAGCAGAAAUUGUUAAUACAUGUUUAAUUUGGUUGUGAUAAUAAACAUAUUGGUACCAUACUUCAGUUUUUGAAACGCUUUGCUUUUUAUUAUUAAGUAAAGGUAAAGGGACCCCUGACCAUUAGGUCCAGUCGUGACCGAAUCUGGGGUUGCGGUGCUCAUCUCGCUUUAUUGGCCAAGGGAGCCGGCGUACAGCUUCCGGGUCAUGUGGCCAGAAUGACUAAGCCGCUUCUGGCGAACUAGAGCAGCACACGGAAACGCCGUUUACCUUCCUGCCGGAGCGGUACCUAUUUAUCUACUUGCACUUUGACGUGCUUUCAAACUGCUAGGUUGGCAGGAGCAGGGACCGAGCAACGGGAGCUCACCCCAUCGCAGGGAUUCAAACCGCCGACCUUCUGAUCGGCAAGUCCUAGGCUCUGUGGUUUAACCCACAGUUUCACCCGCGUCCCAAUCCUUAACAUAUUGUCUAUCCUUAACAUAUCCUUCCAAGUAUUCAAAGCACAUACAUUUCAGUAAUCCUUGAGUGUCAGCCAGGCGCAAAAAAUGGCACCCAGACUUUUUGAGGUGCUUGCAAAUGGAGAAUCUUUAGGCACAAAAUGUGCUCUGCACCCUGCUAAUUUCAAACCCUGCCUGCAGAUGUUGAUUCCAGCUCUUAUCAGCCCCAUCUAGCAUGGCCAGUGGUCAAUGCAACAUCUGGAGGGCCAGUGAUCCCUGAUCUACUGCAGGCAUGUACUAUAAAAUAUUUUCACCUUUCUCUCAAGCUUAUUGUGCAAUGAAUCUGUAUAGUUCUUUUAGAAGAUGCAAAAUCCAAGUCUGACAGUCAUUGGAGACACUGUAUAUGUUGUGGCAGAAAAGCAGUGGCAAUUCUUAUGUGCCAUGUUGUCGGCUAUUUAAAUACCUGGUGGGUUGUUUUUUUUAAGCCCAAAUGCCUGUAGUUUUAGACUCAUACAAAUGUGCAUUACACUCAGAAGACUUUGGUAUAAUAGAUUUUUAAAUUUUAAAAUCCCUAUUAAAUAUCAGGUUUGUGUUUUUAUUUAAAGCAGCUAAAGCCACAGUGAUUGAAGUUGGUUGUAAGAAGAGAUGCCUGCUUUAUUGUUCCCAGAAGUUUAUUAGACAGGCUUCUUGAUCCAUCAGGAACGCAGUGAGUUCCAAAGGGUUGUGAUAUCCUCAAAGUGUCCUGUUCUUCUCUCUCACACACAUACACAGAAAAUCAGCACUGUCAGAUUUAGCAGCGUUUCUUUAUCUUGCAAAAGCAAAAUGUUGCCUGCAGAUUAUAAUAACCCACUUCCUUGCCAGCCCACUUGCCUAGGUAACUACGUUAACCACAUGUGUUUCAAAAUAUGAGACACAGCUUUUACUUUCCCAGGUUAGUGGCUAUUUGCAAGCCUGCUCCUGUUAAAGGGGAGCGGGUGUAGCUAAGGUUAAAAAUUUCACAAACUAAUUUGAAACAUUAUAGACAACAGACUAGAGAAUCCAAGUGUACCAGUUGUAUAGCAAAAUACAGUUUUAUAAGAUUCCCAUUUGCGAACUCCCAUUACAGUACUCUUGCAUUCUUCACCGGACAUGAAUUUCUCUCUUGAGGAACAGCUGUGACUGUGUGCAGUCCUCUUAAUCCCUUAAAUAGCAGGGUUCAGCCUCCUCCCUGUAAAUGUUGCAGGAAAUUACCAUCUUCAGCUUGUCUUAUGUGAAUGUUUUUUUUCUCCUUCUCAGCCUCCUCCUAAUCAAGAGUUGUCCCAAGAUAGUUUUCUAGGUCCAGAGUGGAGAAGGGAUGUUUGUUGCUUAGAUACGGCUCUGGGAACCACACCAUUCGCCCCAAAGCAUCCUGCUGUUUACUUUUAAUAGUGACCAAGCUUUUGCUGAUUUGCUCUGGAGGGUAAAGCUGUUGCAAGUUAAAGCUUUCAGUGUACUGAUUUUUGGCAGUAGCCUGGAUCCUGAAUGUCGCUCCAAAGGAACAUAGUUUUGCCGGAAGCUGCUGCCUUUGUUUACCCUGGAUUAUGUAGGGUGACUUUGGAAGAACUGUGGUGACACUGCUUAGUGGAGCUGUGGUAGCACUCCUUCUGUUCCAUGAGGCUUUAUGUGCCAGGUCUGUGUUCAAUGGGCCUGGCCACAAGCAGCCUCUGCGGUGGAGUACCUGUCAUCAGUCGCAGAGGAGCGCAUGUUGAGCCAAGGAACUCGGUUGCUGCUGCGUGGCCUGUCCUGGAAGAUAGGCAGGCAAGUAUGCGCUGCUCAGAAGGCAUUAAAAGCAUAAAAGAGGUAAGCCGGGAGCCAGAAAAGGAGUUCAAAGGAUGCUCAGAGGACACUUUCACAAGUGAAGAGCAAGUCAUCUGGGGGUUGGGAAAGUCUUGUCAGUAGUGCCCAGGGGACCGUUCAUUGGAAACUGGCAGCUUGCAACUUGGCUAAAUUCCUAGACUACAUUGCUUUAUUUUUCCUACUCAGUAGCAGGCUCCGAACAUAGGAAUCUUCCUUAUAUGGAGUCACACCAUUGGUUUGUCUAGUUCAGUAUUGUCCACACUGACUGUCACUGGCUCUCCAGGGUUUUGGGCAAGAGUCUUUUCCCAGCCCUAACUGGAAAUGGCAGGGAUUGAAACAGACCUGCUUGCAGAACAUGUGCUCUACCGUUGAGCUAUAGUCCUUUCCUAUAGAGUCCUAUGCCAUAGUGCCAUAAAGUCCGGACCUUUCUCAGAAGUCAGGAGGUGCCAUCGGUUUUACAGAUGUAGGAUGUGUGUGUGGACUUUUGGUGUUCUGUGUUGCCCCAAAAGCAAAUCUAGAAAUACACACACACACGCAAAAGGCACUUAAUGCAAUAUUCUCCAGGCCAAAGGCUUUCUGUCAAAUUGGCAGUGCUGCCUGUUAUUAAAUGUACUUUCAGUAUUGCUGCAGCUCUGGUUCCAUGCUUAUGUGCAUUGAACUGAUGCCACCGGACCUGAUUGAUAAGCUAAUUGGUUUUAAGAAACCCCCAUCUUGAUGUAGUCUUAGAGUCUUGCUGAGUCUUCCUGAUUUCUCUCUGAGAACACUUUUCCUGUCAGCAGAAUGUGCUCAGCUGAGGCAUAGGUUGCCCGAGUUCCGAUACAGAAAGUGCUCUCAGAAAUCCCUUUGGCUCAUGUCCUGUCAGUGUCUGAUAGGACCUGUCCCUUGGCUUUUGGCUGCCUCUCAAAUUUGUUGGAAUUUGUUUAUUCCAAAUACUUCAUGACAGAGGGACAAAAGAAUCAUCAGUGAUCUGGACUGUUUGUUCUACUGUACAGUAGAAAGCUUCCUGUCUGGCUGUAAUCAUAUGAGGAUGGCGGGAUUAGGUUUUUUUAGUGUAAGGCUUCUGUGAGAAGGGGGAAAAGGGAAGUCUCCUUCUAUGCCAGCUCUCUGGCUUCUGCUUCCUGUCUGCCAUAUUCCAUGAACCCCACCCCUCCUUCCUCUCUGCUACCGGGACUGGUUUGCAAUGAAGACAAGAAUCCCCAACCUAGAGCGUCAGAUCUGAUCCAUUGAGCAGGUACACUCCAGAUGUUGUUGGGAGAAUAACUUCCAUCAUCCCUGACCAUUGGUCAUGCUGUCUGGGGCUGAUGGGAGUUGUAGUCCAGCAUCAUCUGGAGGGCACCAUGUUAGUUAUGCCUGCAUUAGGUCGAAAGGAUGUUUGCAUAAUUUACCUAAUUCUACUCCCCACCCUCUAAAGAGGGUUUUUGCCAAAUUCUAGCUUUUGGCUUGUUGUAAGCCUAGCCCUGGGACGCGGGUGGCGCUGUGGGUUAAACCACAGAGCCUAGGACUUGCUGAUCAGAAGGUUGGCGGUUCGAAUCCCCGCGACGGGGUGAGCUCCCGUUGCUCAGUCCCUGCUCCUGCCAACCUAGCAGUUCGAAAGCACGUCAACGUGCAAGUAGAUAAAUAGGUACCACUCCGGCGGGAAGGUAAACUGUGUUUCCGUGCGCUGCUCUGGUUUGCCAGAAGCGGCUUAGUCAUUCUGGCCACAUGACCCGGAAGCUGUACGCCGGCUCCCUCGGCCAAUAAAGCAAAAUGAGCGCCACAACCCCAGAGUCGGUCACGACUGGACCUAAUGGUCAGGGGUCACUUUACCUUUACCUUUAAACCUAGCCCUAGCACUUUAAAGGGGGCCUGUACAUGCGCAUGUGGAAAUCUCCUUCCCAGGCUUUGUCAAUAGUAGCAUGCACCUUUCCCCAUCAGGUGCCCCAUCAGGUAGGUUGGUGUUCUGUGUAUUGGAACACUUUAUCCCAAGUUUUACAGGCCACCUGGGGGAAGCUGAGUGCAUUUGAGUGCAAGAAAGUAGAAGCAUUCCUUCUUGCAAAGGCAAACUGUACUGAGACAGCUCCUGUGUGUGUCCUGUCACUUGAGAUGUGUUAAGUCAGCUGUUAGCUAUAUCGUAUGCUUACCUUGCAAUUAGUUUCUCUUGCUGUUCCACUGCUGAGUGCCACUUGCAGCCAUUGCUUCCUAUAUCAUUGCUUGUUUAUCUGCUUCUUCUGUUAUUGUAGGAGAUGGGGCUGCAAGAAUGGGAAGGGGGAAAUGGCUUGGGACUGGAGGGGGUGCCUUUGCUCAUCUAAAGCUUUUCUCCUAAGAUUAGAUGUAAAUGGCAAGCAAAAGUAUGGACAUUUGGGACUUCUUUUCAAGUUGGCGACAUACAAAAUAUUCUAAAGCACUUUUAAAAAGAGAGACUUAAAGUAACUGUGAACAUGACAAAAGCAAUGCAACAGAAAAGCAGACAUGUUCCUUGGAGAACGUUUUCAAAAGCAGGCAUUGCAUGCUGGCGUAAAGAGCGUCAACUCAAGGGAGGGAGUUCCACAGGGUGGUUGCCACAACAGAAACAGACCUGCUUUGAGAAAAGAUCUUACUGCAUGCUCUUCAUGCUUUCCAAAGGAAAUGGUUUGCGGAGCAAUGCUUUCUCAGAUGAUCUCAACCAGUGAGAAGGCACAGUAUGGUACUCAUUGUUCAGGGAACUGCUUCUUGAUUUCCUCUGCCCACCCCCACCCCCAGCAUGCAGUUUCCUUGUCUUCAAUUAUCAACCCUUGCUUGUGUUUGGUAGCUUUUGAGAAGCUGAGAUUGGAAGGUGCUCCCCUUGGGUAAUGCCUACCUGGGAUGUAUCCAACUGCUUAUGAAGUUUAAGUGUGUUGGGCCAAAAACGUGGACUAUAGUUGGGGGUGUGUGUCCUUGUUUAUGUUGCUCAUAUAUGCAACCUUCUGCAGUACUGCUUGUAACUGGGGUUGUUCGCAAGGGAGGCUUAAUCUUAAAAAUUGAAAGAUUAUGAUUGGGGCUGUGCAUACUUUAAAAUAAAAAACACCUAGAAAAAAAUCUGAAUACAGUACUAUAAUGACCAAAAUUAUGCAAGGGGUGGGAAGCUGAAUUUGGUUGCCUGUAUAACAGAUACAGAUUCAACCAACUUGCACCCAUCUCUUUUGUAUGCAUAAUUUUGUUUCUGUGCCUGCAUAGUGCCACAGAACACAACUUUGGAUAUGGCAUGUGACCUGUGAGCAGUUUUGGGGUAAGGGUGUUGGUGAACAUUCCCAAGCGUUAAUAUUUAACUUUUUUUAGUCAAAGUUCUGCUGUUGAAUGAUGAAAUUAGAUUCUUCACUUCACCAAAGUCCUUUUGGGCAAUAUUAUUAUAACCCACGUGGUGGUCUGUUAAAUGCAGACAAUGCUUGUGUCUAACACUGUCUGUGUCAACCCUUUGGCUCUGUAAUUCUCAUCUUAGCACAUAUUAACAGGUUGGAAACUCAGCAACUUGCAGGUAUCCAAUGCUGCUAAACCAGCAAGAUUGCCGGACUGUGAAACUGUAGCACACUUCUGAUUACCCUCCCUGGUGUACGUGACUCAUGAUGAGUACUUGCUGAAUGGAGUCUUGACCAAAACUCUUAGGCAGCUGAUGCCAGGCAUCCUACGUUUGCAGGAUACAAAAAACAGUAGAAAUUGGAAGCUGUAGGCAUGGGGACAUAAUGUGUGUGGGAGAGAAGGGGGCGGGGAGAAUACAAUUAAAACAACAAAGAAAGUAGAGCCUAGUAUUUGAAAUUUCAGUAUUGCUUCACCAUAAGACUCCUGCCUUGGUUUUAGCAUUAUCACUCAGCAGAAGUAUAAAAAACUCGGUUCCUGAACCUAACAACAACAACAACAAAAUCAUCUAAAACACAUUUGUUUGAUUCUCUGCAAAGAAUGCACUUCUGUAUUGGUGGUAGGAGCUAUAAGGAAACACCCAAGUAUUUCAAAUGUUUUUCCCUAGUGCUGUAGUGAAAAUACUGACCUAUGAUGGCAGACACUGCAGAUGGUGACAGCAGCCACGAAAUUAAAAGACGCCUGCUUCUUGGGAGAAAAGCAAUGACAAACCUAGACAGCAUCUUAAAAAGCAGACACAUCACCUUGCCAACAAAGGUCCGGAUAGUUAAAGCUAUGGUUUUCCCAGUAGUGAUGUAGGAAGUGAGAGCUGGACCAUAAAGAAGGCUGAUCGCCGAAGAAUUGAUGCUUUUGAAUUAUGGUGCUGGAGGAGACUCUUGAGAGUCCCAUGGACUGCAAGAAGAUCAAAUCUAUCCAGUCUGAAGGAAAUCAGCCCUGAGUGCUGACUGGAAGGACAGAUCCUGAAGCUGAGGCUCCAAUACUUUGGCCACCUCAUGAGAAGAGAAGACUCCCUGGAAAAGACCCUGAUGCUGGGAAAGAUUGAGGGCACAAGGAGAAGGGGACGAGAGAGGACGAGAUAGUUGGACAGUGCUCUCGAAGCUACCAGCAUGAGUUUGACCAAACUGUGGGAGGCAGUGGAAGACAGAAGUGCCUGGCGUGCUCUGGUCCAUGGGGUCACGAAGAGUCGGACACGACUAAACGACUAAACAACAACACAAUGAUGGCAGACUUCACUUGUGUGACAUUGUCAAGCAGAGGCGCCAAGUUGAGCAGAAGAUUGGAAGGGAGCCGAUGACACACACACGACAUAGGCAUGAUGCAGGGACUCCAGGAGGAGCCAGGGGGUGGAGCUGAACGUGAUGGCAGCAUGUCUUCAGUGAUUGGUGGCUCCUCCUCUCUGGCACUCAGCAUCCUCCUCCUCCUCCUGCCACCACCAGCCAGGAGCUGCUUCCCCUCAUCCUUCCCGUCCGUGGCAGCAGCAGCAGGCGGAGCUACCAGCCACUGAAGCCACUCCACUCUCAGCCUCCUCCAUCCCCUGAUUGUUCUCAAAUAUUUUAUCGGGGGACCCGAAGGGACCUGUGCCCCUUAGAGUUGACGCCUUUGUUGUCAAGAGAGUCUCUUUAUAAUCAAGGGACUGAGGUGUAUUUGCAAGUCAGGUGUUAAAUGGGAGUGAAAGGCCAUGGGGUGGUGGUGGGGAAUCUGCUUGGGAUGCAUGUGAGGUUAUUGGUGGUCUGCCCACUUGUAAAGAAAGUGUUUUCAGUUGUUGUCUCUCUUCUCCCUUGCAGAACUCAUCAUGUAUCAUUUUUGCUGCCAGACAUGCCAGUGCUUCUACGGUAAGCAGUUCUUUUUCAUUACUUGUGGGUUGUUCGGGGGAGAUGAGUUUGGGUGCUCUGGACCCUGGCUGCAUCCUGUACUGCUGGGAAGAGAGUGCUGUUGUGCUCAGGUCCCGCUUACAAAUUUCCCAUUGUUAUCUCAUUGGCCGGGGACGCGGGUGGCAUUGUGGGUUAAACCACAGAGCCUAGGGCUUGCUGAUCAGAAGGUCGGUGGUUCGAAUCCCCGCGACGGGGUGAGCUCCUGUUGCUCGGUCCCUGCUCCUGCCAACCUAGCAGUUCGAAAGCAUGUCAAAGUGCAAGUAGAUAAAUAGGUACCGCUCCGGUGGGAAGGUAAAUGGCAUUUCCGUGCGCUGCUCUGGUUCUCUAGAAGCAGCUUAGUCAUGCUGGCCACAUGACCCAGAAGCUGUACGCCGGCUCCCUUGGCCAAUAAAGUGAGAUGAGCACCGCAACCCCAGAGUUGGUCACGACUGGACCUAAUGGUCAGGGGUCCCUUUACCUUUACCUUAUCUCAUUGGCCAUUGUGAGAACAGGAUUCUGGUCUAGUUGGACCUUUGACCUGAUCCAGCAGGACUUUCCCUAUGUUCUAGUGCAGGGGUCGGCAAAGCUUUUGUGGGUUGGGCCGGUUCAUUGUCCUGCAGACGCCGCGGUGGGCCGGAGUGUGCACGCAUGCGCAAACACUAUUUCUGGCACUCCUUCUGGCGCUGAAGCGGCGGGUGCCUCUUCCCAUUGGCUGCAGGAGCUUCCUGCAGCCAAUGGGAAGCUGGCCAGCGUCGCAGAAGGCGGUCCCUGCUCUGCUCUGCGCCUGUUUAGCAUGGCGCAUGGGAGCCAACCGAGUGGGCGGCAGGGGUCCAUGGGCCGGUUAAAUGACCCCCAUGGGCUGCUUGUGGCCCAUGGGCCUUAGGUUGCCGACCCCUGUUCUAGUGUUUGCCCCAGGAAAAUGUCCAUACUGCCUGGCUAGUGACUCACUUUGUCAUUUGUACUUGAGAGAAUGCAAUCCGUGCUGGAUUUAUUAAUUCUCACCCACUCUUUAUUCUACCCCAUGUCUCUUGCAGUACUAGGUUACUGGCAUUUUCUUAACUUUGUGUGUAAGAUCUGGCUGCACUUUUUUGUUUCCAGAACCUGAAAGAUGUUCUUGCAAACAUGAUACCUAAGGAGCAAUCAAGACUUAAAAGCUUCAGGCAACAAUAUGGCAGCACAGUCAUUGGUCAGAUCACUGUGGAUAUGGUAAGUUCUUCCGGUGUCAUCGUUGUAGUAGAAUAUCCGAGACAUUGUAUCCUGCAGGAAAUUCCAUCUCUACCUGCAGGCUGCUACCAGUCUAAAGGAGUAAGUUGCAAAGAAGCCCCUGUGCUGUGCUACUUUUAGGCAUUUUGUCCCCUGGUAAAAUGUCUGGAGUAGGGGCUGGGCAAUAUCUGGUUUUCAAUAUCACCAGCUAAACAUUGUGAUAUACUGAUAUAUCACGAUGUCUGAAAUAAGGAUGGAGCUAUGUAGAGGCAUUGGCUGGCUUCACUGUUUUCCCCGCAUCAUGAUUUUUGCAUAGUGCAUGCACAAACACCAUGAUUCACGAUAUAUUGCUAAGUCAAAAAUUAUGAAGCUGAUAUCAUAAUACAGACUUCAAACCAGUGUUGGAUGACAUAUCAAUAUAUUGCCCAGUCCUAACCUGGAGAGAGGUGGUGAAGCGUGGCCUGGAAAGUUUCACAGAUGAUGACUUCUUUAGUCAAGCCAAUAACAUGGGGUAGGAUUCAACUAGGUUGCUGUGUGCACAGAGCAGAGGUCUGCUUCUGCAACAGGAUUUCAACCCCUGUGCCCUCUAAAUCUGCUCUGGAUGGUUAGGGGAACCCCUCAGUAGGGGGGUGCACAGGGAGGAGAGGGGGGAGAGUCAAGUUGCAUGAGUGGGCCCCAUUGUGAGCACGCGUACCUCACUUAGGACUGCAUUGAAUUCCACCCAUGAGACUUAGGGCAUGGCAAAGCCUCAGCAGGGUUUGAGGAUAUUAGUGACACUAGAGCACUUUUUAAAGGAGGAGAGGAGGAAGAACAGUCGGUGAAUAAAGGGAUAUGGGUCAAAGACAAGAUGCAUGUUCUGGUGACAACUCCAAAAUAAGCUCUUGGCAUCUCAGGCUAAAGGCUGUCAAGAAACAGAACUAGAAAUGACCUCUGCCUGGGACCUUGAAGAACUGCUGUCAGUAGAUAGUACGUGGUUUAAAUACACGAAAGGUCUGCUUCAGGCAUGGCUAUCUCAGGGGCCUAAUUCGGCCCGCUGGUCAGUUGAAUCUGGCCCCCUGUGGCAGUUUAUUUCCCAGGAUAAAAUCCUAAAAAACCUAAAAAAAAACCUCAACAACUUUGUUCGGCCCUCAUGGCCCUUCACUUCAUCAAAUCUGGCCCUCUUUGCAAAAAGUUUGGAUACCACUGAUCUACUUCAUUUCUCAAGUAGCCAUGUUUUUAUUAUGAAAGCAAUUGAAUAUUUGUUGUUGAGCUCCUGUGUUAGCCUUCUGAGUUUGAAGUGAGGCACAGUGAGCAUGGAGCCUCCUAGUGCAGUGGUCCAAAUUGUGAAUACACGUACUCACUGCAAAAAAAGGGUGACACUUACUGUAACAACUUCAUGGUGAGUAGCGGCACCUAUUCUAGAAAAAAAUCACUGGACACAAGGGUUGGCAACUCUGCCUCAAAGCUGUGGUAACUCCUAGAUCAGAGCUUUUCAAACUUUGCAUGUUGGUGACACACUUUUUAGACGUGCAUCAUUUCGCGACAGUUUUACUAGCAAACUGGAGGUUAAACAAACGUCUUAUAAGAGAUAACGGACACCUAUUGUGCGACACACCUACACACUGCAGCCAACACACUAACUUGUUGCGACACACAGUUUGGAAAGCUCUGUCCUAGAUGAUGCAGCCCUUGUGAGCAAGUCUGGAGGGCGUCAUUCCUAGCCCCUUGCAAGGUAGCUGACAUAAAAGUAACAUUUCGUUAAGAGAAAAUGCCAAAGAGAGCCCAACUGCCGUUAAAGCAAUGAGGUCACAUUACUAGUUCAUUGUUUGCGGUACCAAGGCUUUCUCUAGUGUUUAGAUGCCAAAUCAGCUUCCUGGUUAUACUAGUCUCUGAGCAGUGCUGAUUAGUAUCUCCUGCUUUGUUUCUGAAUCUGAAGUUCAUUUAAUUAAUUGUUUGCGAAGUGGUGCCUCCUCCAGCUUUGGUGCACAGUAGCAAGGUUUUCUGGGUGCCAGCUGGAAAGCUGAGCCUUGACGGUUGUUGAAAAGGACUCUGUUCUUCAGUCUGGUUUUUGAGGCCAUUGACAAAAGGGGAAGAAGUAUUUAAGCCAGAGCCAAGGUUAUAAGAGAUUUGCCACUAUGCUUCCUGGUCUCUCAAGAGCCUACAGAGUUGACAAGGAGUGGGGAAUAAAGCUAUCAUUUUGGCAAAACAGGGCAUUGGAAACAAUUCUGCAGCAGAAUCCUCACCUGGUACACCUGAGACUGUUAUGCAGUCUUUGUGCAACGUAUCAGUUUAUUCUGGCUGCAAACUUCGGGCCGUGCUGAAAUUUUGGGUUAACUUAAAUCAGGGGUGGUGAACUGCUAGCCCAUAAGCCUUCCCUGGUGGCCUAUCAGCGCCCCCCAACUCAAUUUUUCACUGGUGCCAUUACCACCACCAAAGGAAGAAAGUGUGCAAAGCACCAGUGGGGACAGAGGGAUAGUAUUUAGCAUUGAUAACCUUGAUACCUCCCAUAUGAAGUGUGAAAUUGCUUAAGGGAAAGAAGAACCUAAGUUAUCACACUUUGCAGCAGCAAAUUCCAUAGCUGAUGCACUUAGCAAAGAAGUAUUUCCUUUUGUCUGUCCUAACUUUUUACUGCUUGCAUCUUUUGUCCCUAGAUCUACGGGGGCAUGAGAGGCAUGAAAGGGCUAAUAUACGAGACCUCAGUCCUGGACCCAGAUGAGGUAAGUGAGGCCUGAGGUUGUAGUAGUCACAAUACCCGUCUGGCCGUGCAGCCUGUCCAUGGAGAUGUAUGAAUACCUCUUAAUCUGCCUUUGCCACAUCUGCAGGGCAUCCGUUUCCGUGGCUACAGCAUCCCCGAAUGCCAGAAGCUGCUGCCCAAAGCCCCUGGAGGUGCAGAGCCCCUGCCCGAAGGGCUGUUCUGGUUGCUGGUGACAGGAGAGAUCCCCUCGCAAGAACAGGUAACGAGACAGGAAUGGCUGAAGUAGAGUCUCUGAAUGGGAGGCUGCAGCUGAUACCUUCAGCCCUUCCUUGAAUGCCAUUAUGCAGCCGGGGGGGGGGAGGGGUUGUGAGUGUCUGUGAGCAGGCAGGGAAAGCACUGAGGUGUCUACAUGGCCGAAGGAGAUAGCAAAGGGCAGAGGGAGGCUGCACGCAGCUCAGCACCGAUUCCUUCAUUUUUACUGAGGCAGAGCUUUGUGUUUUCUCCGUUCAGGUGAGCUGGCUGUCCCGGGAGUGGGCCAAAAGAGCCGCCCUGCCUUCUCAUGUGGUGACCAUGCUGGACAACUUCCCCACCAACCUUCACCCCAUGUCACAACUGAGUGCCGCUGUCACCGCCCUCAACAGCGAGAGCACUUUUGCCCGUGCCUACUCAGAGGGAAUCAGCCGGACCAAGUACUGGGAAGUAAGCACAGGGGCGGGCAGCAUUUUGCGUGUGCGGAAGAGGUGCAAGCCGUUUGUGGGCUUGGCAAGCAAAUAAUGGGGGAGGCGGGUGGACAAGCUGUAAGUAUUUUCUUCUGUAGCAUCUGAUCAAUGGCAUCUGGAGGUGAAGUCCUGAAGCCACGUACCAGAAAUGCAGGUGGUUUAUUAUAAUCGUCUACAUAAAAAUGGGCUUUGUUGUUUAUACCUGUAUGCACAAAGCACAUAGACACUUAACAUAGGGUUAUGGCUGUGUAAAGAAAUUUGCGUUGUCUGAGCCUCGUCCCUUCUUUGCGUGAGCUGAAAACUGAAAAUCGUGCACUCAGUGUUGCAAGAAUAAGGCCUUGAAUGUCAGGAUGAUUCUUGCUGAAUGUUAAAAAGGCUAGGGGAAAAUGUAUCUGAAGCUUUCAUUGUCAGAGGGUGGUGAUGAUCCAUGGCCUGCAGCUUAAUCCCCCAAAACGCUCUGGCAAACACCAAGAACUCCAGUGGUGGGGAACUUUGGGGCUUCCAGAUGCCAUUGGAUUCCCAUCAGCCCCAGCCAGCAUGGCCAGUGAUCAGGGGUGAUGGGAGUUGUAGUCCACAACAUCUGGCAGGCUGCAGCUUCCCCAUCCCUGCAUUGGUUUGUCUCGGGUCUUCAUAUUGGGGAGUUGGGCUUACUGAUUGGAAAGCUGCUGCCAGGAUUGCUGAACACCCUUUGUCCUAGGAUUGAUUAGCUAAUGCCAGGUGCUGAUAAAAUUGUGGAGUUUGGGGCAGUGGGCGUGGUCCUUCCUGCUUCUGCACCUAGAGGUGGAAGUUGUUCCAGAAAAGAGAGACACCUAAUGUGUCAAGCCUGACCAAGCCCUGCUGAAGGCUGCCAUAUUUUGACUUGGAAAUGAGCCAGCCCAGUUCAGCUUUUGUUUCGUGCUGAUCCUCAAGCGCAUGGUAAAGGACAGAAGUCAGGUGUGUGAGAAAGACAGAGGUGGAGAGACAGACCUUGGUCCUCACCAUGUGGAAUCCCAGUCACUGCCUUUUUAACAUGAGACCUUGAACAAGAUGACAUGUGCCUCUGGCCUGACCUAAAAUGUGUGUGCACACCCUCGGCACUGAAGCAAAGAGACUUUGGUCUCUGGCCCGUUCCAAUUCUGCCGGCCUGUAUCUGCCCUGAGGCAUUGCUGUCUGGAGUAAAGGGGUAAAGUACUGGGAUGCGGGGAGGCAGUAGUUCUGCUGUUCAUUAACCUUUACCUACUUGUCCCCUGCCCAGCCAAUGCACUGCAGUUAGACAAGAGAACAGGUCCUUUUCCGUGGAAUACUCAUGGGGUGCCAUUGGUAUCAUUUUGAUCCCAGGCAUUUGAGUGUUAAAUCCUCCAGCAGUUGAUUAUAUAUUUUACCUGGAUGAUUUUGGGGGGGAAACUCAUCUCUAUAUUGGGGGACGGAGGGAUUUGUUUCUAGGGUGUUCUGGUAUUAACACCACUUUUAAAUUUGUUUAUUGAGUUCUCCUGGCAAUUGCCAACAAAUUGCUUUGUGCAUUGCAGUUGCCAGCAGAUUGCUUUGAGACUUAUUGUGGAAAGUGACUCAUAAGAAAUAAUAGUUGUUAUUAUAAAAGAGUAGAAAUGUGUGGCAGGAGUGUGAUUCAGAUGCCAGUCCUCUGCCUAUGAGCACAUGAAGGAAGUCCUACCUGUGUGACUCUUGGAAGAAUAAGCAGCAGUGCUUAUCAGCAUUCCUAGGUCUGUUUAUACAUUCAGGACAAACAGUCGCUGAGUCUUGUGGCACCUUUCAAAUGAGUAUAUUUCAUUUUACAGCCGCAGCUGCUUUUGUGCUCUAAGAGUUCAUCCCAUGAGAUGCAUGCAUGAAGGCAGAAUACAAAGACUCUUGUUGCAGACUGUACGCAAGCCGCUCUAGUCUUCAUGUUAACUGUUGUAGCUGUAGCCAGUGAACAGAUCAUAUGUCCCUGCUCUGGCUUGAUUGGAGGGGGAAGACCCCCUACGAGUGGUUCCUGACUUCUACCUCCCCUUCCCCUGUGGGAGUCAUAAAGCCACGGUAAAGGCUUGUAAUAUUGCAGGGUGCCCCCUGACCUCGGCUGACCAGCACUCUGAGCUUUACAAUGUAAUGGAAUGUGUUGGAGCUGUGUUUCCUCUGGGCAGUGAUUGACCUUAUACGGUGUUGGGGGCAAUAAAAGCCUUGACCGGAUGAGGUAACGUGAGACACUGGCAAACAGCCAUGCGGCUGGAGAGAGAGACAAAGGAUAAUAAAUAAGUCUGCAGGAGGAGAGGGAGGAAAAGGAGCUGCUCCUACCAUCAUGAAAAUAUUGCUGGCUCUCUGUGUCAUAAUUUUAUGCUAAACUUCGCCACUUUGUAACGGCUGGCUCCGACAUUCCCCUUCCAUACUUUGCAGUUUAUCUAUGAGGACUCCAUGGACUUGAUUGCCAAGCUGCCAUGUAUAGCUGCAAAGAUUUACCGCAAUCUGUACCGUGAAGGCAGCAGCAUCGGCGCCAUCGAUCCCGCCUUAGACUGGUCGCACAACUUCACCAACAUGCUGGGCUAUAGUGACCCCGAGUUCAUUGAACUCAUGCGCCUCUACCUCACCAUUCACAGGUAAGUCUUGCCUGUCUUGUGUACAAGAGAGGCUUGAAAGAGCUGUGAGCUGACGGAGCAACAGAAAGAACUGAGUCCUGAGCUUUUGUGUGUUUAGCACUUGUGUCCUUCCCCCACACAUCCAUUACUGCCAGCGCACUAAGCAUUGGUGCAAUUUCCCCCAUAUGCUUUCUGUGCUUGAGCAUAAUGAAGGUGCUCAGCAAGCCUUCCUGGGGAGAGCGUUCCACAAACGAGGAGCCACUGCAGAAAAGGCCCACUCUUGUGGAGGAGGCACACAAAGAAGGGCCUCAGAUGACGAUCACACGGUCCAUUCAUAUGAGGAGAGGUGGUCCCUGGGGUCCUUUAAGGCUUUAUAGGUCAAAGUCAGCAUUUUGAAUUGGCCCGGAAACUGAGUAGCAACCAGUGAAGUUGGGCCAGGCUCGGCGCAAUAUACCGUAUUUUUCGCUCUAUAAUACGCACCAGACCAUAAGACGCACCUAGUUUUUGGAAGAGGAAACAAGAAAAAAUAUAUUCUGAAUCCCAGAAGCCAGGACAGCCAGCGGGAUCUCAGUGCAGCGAUCCCACUGGCUGUCCUGGCUUAUGGGAUAGCCGCACGCUGUGCUCCGGAGGCUUCGCAUUGCUUUCGCUGAAGCCAUGGAGCCUGCAUUCACUCCAUAAGUCGCACACACAUUUCCCCUUAUUUUUAGGAGGGGAAAAGUUUGUCUUAUUGAGUGAAAAAUACGGUAAUCUCAAACCGUCUUUCCCCGGUGAGCAACCCAGCUGCCGAAUUCUACACCAGCUGAAGUUUCUGAACUGCCUUCAGGGGCAGCCCUAUGUACAACACAUUGCAAUAAUCUAACCUAGAGGUUACCAGGGCAUAGACAGCAAUAGUUAGGCUGUCUAGGUAAGGGCGUAGCUGGGCCGCCAGCCGAAGCUGAUGGAAGAUGGUCCAUGCCUCUGAGGCCACUUGAGCAUCAAGCGACAGCAAAGGAUCCAGGAGUACCUCCAAGCUCCUUCAAAGGGAAUGUAACUUCCCAUUCGUCCAACCACCCACUAACAAUGCCCCAGUCUUAUCUGGAUUGAGAUUCAGUUUGCCAACAGGCAUAGCACUUAAGCAUCUGAUAUAAUCUGUAGCCUUUUGCGACAGUUGAGAUGUGCAGGGAGCUGGGUGCAUAGUUCAGGGGUUAGAGUUUCCAUGUAUAACGUCCUAACUUCAAUCCAUGGAAUAUUCUGUUAAAGCGGUAGCCUUCAAUAUUUAACCCACCUUUAACCCAAACGUGAAUUUGGUGUCCCAUUUCUAAAUCUUCUUUUUACCAUGUUUGUAUGCUGCUACUCCUGCUGCUGUUAGAUCAAGCUGUGACCCAGCAGUUGGUCCCAAUCCAUCAGCCCAACUGAGAGGCCUCUGCCUGAAAUCCUGUUGCUAGUUGGGUUAAUAUGACUUCAUAUGUUCCAUGGGUAGGCAGACUAAGGCCCGGGGGCCGGAUGUGGCCCAAACGCCUUCAAAAUCCUGUCCAGGAAUCAGUGUGUUUUUACAUGAGCAGAAUGUGUCCUUUUAUUUAAAAUGCAUCUCUGGGUUAUUUGUGGGGCAGAGGAAUUCGUUCAUGAUUAUUUUUUUCAAAAUAUAGUCCGGCCCCCCGACAAGGUCUGAGGGACAGUGGACAGGCCCCCUGCUGAAAAAGUUUGCUGACCCCUGAAUGUUCUCUUAAGCGGCUCCCUCUAGUGGCAGAGAACCCUAACUUUUGUUUAACCCUCAAUUGGGAGCUACAUGUUACAAGGGUAAUGUUACUUUCGCCCUGGUAGGUUGUUUCUUGCAGCUGUGGUGUGCUGGGGCUGUAGAAUUGUAGAGUUGGAAGGGACUCCGUUGGGUCAUCUAGUCCAACCCCCUGCAGUGCAGGAAUCUUUUUGCCCAAUGUGGGGCUUUAACACACAACCCUGACGUUAAGAGUCUCAUGCGCUAUUGACAGAGCUGUCUGAACAUCUUUCAUGCUUGCAUAUGAUGACCAUAAAAUGAAUUCAUUGUAACUGCUAUUGUACUUCUGGAAUAUUAUGUGUGUCAUCUUUUCUGUUCAGGAAGAAAUGUUGGUGAGAAUCUUAAUUUAUUAACCAUUGGCCAAAUCCAUACAAAACUUCAUUUCAGUCUGCUUGCUGUGCGCUCUAAGCUUCCUUGUUCCCUGCUGAUUUCCCCCCUCCCCCUUUGUUUUCUGCAGUGACCACGAGGGUGGUAAUGUCAGUGCCCAUACCAGUCACCUAGUGGGCAGUGCCCUCUCCGACCCUUACCUGGCUUUUGCUGCAGCCAUGAAUGGUCUGGCUGGCCCACUCCACGGUCUUGCAAAUCAGGUAGGGGGCUGCAUUGCCGAGCAGUGCUGGCAAAUCUUGAAUUUGGCGGAGAGCCUUUAGGGAGCCCUCCCUGUUCUUGCACAUUAUCAGCAAAUCUCACGGGCUUUUUGCAGGAAGUGCUGGUAUGGUUGACGAACUUGCAGAAGGAGCUGGGUGAGGAUGUGUCUGACACGAAACUGAGGGAUUUCAUCUGGAAUACUUUGAACUCUGGCAGGGUGAGUGUUGGCGGCAUCAAAGCCUUAAUGGGGCAACAGAGGGAGGGGUUGCAGUUGGGAGGAAACUGUAGAGAUUUAGGUUGCAGUGAGGUCUGUUAUAAAAUGGGGUGGUAGGGGCACAGAGAGACCACACAGGCUUAUGGGAUUUCAACUUGUAAACUCCACAAAAGCAUAUAUGCGCAGCCAUAUUUAGGUUUUUGUUUUGCUUUUUAAGCUGAGCUUCUCAGGAAGAGGAAUUCUGUCUAAAGUAUUCAUUCUUCUUUUUCCUGCACUUCCCACAGUCCUGGUGCCGUUCCCCUGUCCUAUUUUAUCAAUUCAAUGUGGGGACUCUUAGAAUAGCAACUCAUGUCCUGUUCUGUGUUAGAAAGGAAUAUCUUCCCCCUCCACCACGUUGAUUACAGGACCACAAGGAGUGGCCUAAAUGUAUUUUAAGGAUGCGUAAUUAUCCCCCAGUUCUUCUUUAGCAGCCACUGGGAAGUGAAGUCCGUUAAUUAGCUGCAGAAGAAAGGCAUUGAUGUACUAGCUAGUGGAUUCCCAGUGCCUUUGUAGUCUCACUUGGCAUAGAAAUGGGGAGCAAAAGCAGGAAGUCAGGUGCUGGGAGUCAUCAACAAUGGGAGAAGAUAAACAAGGACUUCAAGUCAGUCUAUGCUAUCGGCCAAUAGGUCACUCCUCCUAGAAACCAGCCAGGAGACAGUUGCCAGGAUGAAGCUGUACAGAAAAUGGAUAUGGCCGCCUAGAUUUUCUCUUGCUGUCUGUGUGCAAAUAUAUAUUUCACACGCACACAAUUUCCAAUCAUGAUCUCAUUCCACAAGCUUUAAACUGCUGUAGGGCUGGGGGAAGAGGAGGAAGCUCCCAGGUGAGAGCUGGGAGGGUUUCCUCUUCUGUACAUGCAAUAAGAGUUAAGAUACAGUGCUGGAGGACCUGGUAUUCACUUUCUCUACUUUUCUUCUUUAUUUUCUUCCUUCUCUUAUUCUUGCUUUUUUCUUAUCUCUCUAGAUUAGUUUGGCUCUUAUUGUAUUUUAUGUUGGAAACUUUUAAUAAAAAUUGAUUAAAAACUUAGCCUGCUCCAGGGCUUGUUAAAACAGGUCAGUGUAAAAAAUGAUUGUGAGCUGGUGGGAACUGCCUAAAGAGUCCCACAGGCAGGAUGGUGGGGGAAGGUGAGAAAUCAAAGGUAGUGGUGGCACUGUGUGAAAACCUAUCGAUCAAGGUGUGGAUGUUGGCAACUAUGAAGGGGGCUGAGUACUUGCCUGUUAACCCCUUUGCACAUCAUAUUGGGUACCACCCACAAGAUUCUGUCAACGUCUCAUGUUGCAGGUGGUUCCUGGCUAUGGCCACGCAGUGCUGAGGAAGACGGACCCUCGCUACACCUGCCAGAGAGAAUUUGCGCUCAAGCACCUUCCCAAAGAUCCCCUCUUCAAGCUGGUGGCGCAGCUAUACAAGAUUGUCCCUAAUGUGCUGCUGGAACAGGGCAAGGCCAAGAAUCCCUGGCCCAAUGUGGACGCACAUAGUGGGGUCCUCCUGCAGGUGAGCUAACUACCUUUGGUAGUUUGGUAGUUUGGUCUUUGAGGGCAGAGACCAAAGCCCUGGACUUUCUCAGCUAAAGGUGCCUGCUAGAAUCUGGGCCCUACAAGCACAUUUCUUAGGACUGAGCACUGGGAAUAUAUUUCCCUGGGAACUUGCCUUGCAGGCUCAAAUAGAGGGCGCUCUCAGCCCAGAUUAGUAUCACACUUUGCCUUGGGUCUAAGGCAGAGGAUCAUCUCACCUUGCUUUCCAAAGCAUGGGGGGAGAUUUAGCACUGCCUAAAACUUACGCUUUUGGACAGAAAUGGAUGGAACCCACCAUAUUCAGACCAAUAGGUGCAGGGAAUCUUGUGAUAAGUAUCUUUAAAGGAUGAGUUUUUAUUUUAAAAAUGGUUUUGAAGCUGUUGUGGUUUUGAGAAUUUGUUGCACUGGCUCCUGCUAGUGCAACUCUUUAGUUGCAUCCAGCCCAUAAUAUAAGGGAAGGAUAAAAGCAGGGUUUGAAAAACAUAGUUGAGGCUUAGAUGAUGUACCGAAAUCACAAAAUGCCAAGCUGAUUAGGACAGAGGUGGAUGUGUCACUCUCAAAAGCACUGCAACGAAGUAAAAGGAGAGUCCUGAUAAAAGGUAUUUUGUGAUGGGAAACUAGAGCUCUCAGUCACAGACUACUUCUCCCUCACCUCUGCCUGGUGUUUUCUGUUUAUGUGGAGCACAAAACCCAGUAUCUUAGAAGCUCUGAAGCCUCAGAGCCUGUCUGCUACACCUUGGGCCACCUUGCAAUCUGAGGGUCAGCUGCCUCACCUCAUCAAAAUGACAUCAGGUGACUUGUUUUCACCAGUCGUGGUGGAUGUGGCUGUGUUUGGGUGAAAUGGAGGCAGCCUGGUGAACUUUAUGGGGCCAGAGGUUCCCAACAGCUGCUUUAAAAACUCAAGCUGGCUGGAUGCUGUAGGUGCACCUGUGUUCAGUUCAGGUAUGGGAUUGCCUGGCAGGGCUGAAUCUGGUUUUUUGGGGAGUGGUACAGGCCCCAAGUUGACUUGUGCACCACACUCGCUCUGAUGUCAGAGGGAUCAGUCUGCAUCUUAUAUGCUUAUGCCACUUUGCUGCUCUAGGUAGCGCAGAAGCAAGCUUGAGUCCGUUCCCUGGGGCAAAGCCUCUAUUUCCAGGCACUAGAUUAAAUGUUUCUGCUUGUGCCCCACCAGUACACAGAGCUGCUCCUAUCCUUGUCCGCAAGCCCAGUUUAUUUCCCAACUAGGGCGCUGAACCAGCUCUGCAGGAUUUACCGCAGUGUGAUAGCAAUUUCUAUCUUUUGGGGAGGAUAUUGGUAAAUCCGCAGUGCAACCUGAAGCACCUUUUUUGCACUCAGUUUGUGGGUGCUAAGUGAAUUUGUGGGUGCUAAGUGGGUGCAAAGGAAGCUUUGACUCAGCUGUUGAUUUGCACAGUGUUCUAGAAUGUGGCCGACAUUCCCACGUAGCUCUGCAUAGUAGGGGAAGGGCAAUAAUUGCCUGGGGCCGCUUGUUUUGCCAUAGCCAAUAAGCCGGUUGUGGAACCCUUGGUAAAUUGUAUGCCAAUCACCAUUUGAACUCCUACACUUGCAGAGCCCAGGCAGGGUGGUGGUGUGCCUCCCUCUAGUGGUGGCUUAGGAGGCCUUGCAGAUGCUAUUAUAUCCAACCAUAGUAUAGGAAUAGCAUGAGGCAGAAUUCCUAAACGACUGGGAUUUGCGGUGGGCAAACCUGAAAUGUUUCGGCUGGUAUGAGACGAAGAAUCAGAGUGCUUUGCCCUAUCCCCCACCCUUCUAAUUUCUGCAAAUUUUUAAAGGAAAAACCCUACAGGAAGUGACUGAAAAAAAACUUUCCUCUUCUGCCCCCUUGGAACAGCAAAAAAAAAUCACUUUGCAAGGGCUGUAGGAUUCAUGUCACUUCCAGGAAUUAUUUCUUGUGUGUAAGAAGGAUCAGAUAUAACAGCAUUCAGUUUGUAUGUUUUCUUAAUCUCUUCCUGUGAGGCCCCUCGGAGCAAUAUACAGUAUAGAUUAUGACAGUGCCCAGUCAGGUUUGUGUGUGUCCCCCAGUGCCUCCCAGGAACCUCACAGGUGGGUUUUGAAGGUGAUGCCCUUCUGGUUUUCCUGAACACCUAGUUUUUGAGGUAUACUGUAUCUGUAGGUGGAGAUUCCAUUUUAGCACUCUCAACCAUCGUGGCCAAUACAGUGGAACCUUGGUUCUCAAACGCCUUGGUACUCGAACAUUUCGGCUCCCAAAAGCCGAAAACCCGGAAGUAAGUGUUCCGGUUUUCAAAUGUUUUUUGGAAGCUGAACAUCCGAUGUGGCUGUCGGCUAUUGUUUUCAGGGCACUUGCACCCAUCGGAAGCUGCGCCUUGGUUUUUGAAUGUUUCAGAAGUCGAACGGACUUUGGAACGGAUUACGUUCAAGAACCAAGGGACACCUAGAGGGCUAAAGGGUUCCCUAUAUUUGCCAUAUAGGUUACAAUAAAGUUUACUUACUUAAGGGUUCUCUAUGCCUGGUAAGUGGUCUUUUUCCUCCCCGGGGCCGUCCUCCUAACCACCACCUCUUUCUUUCUGCAGUACUACGGCAUGAAGGAGAUGAACUACUACACUGUGCUGUUUGGUGUGUCUCGAGCUCUUGGCGUCCUGUCGCAGCUCAUCUGGAGCCGGGCGCUUGGCUUCCCUCUGGAGAGACCCAAAUCCAUGAGCACAGAUGGGCUGAUGGUGCUUGUGGGUGCAAAGUCAGGUUAAAGCAAGGGAUAACGUGGCAGGGGGUUAGCUGUCGAGGGAACGGUAGAGACAAUACGACUUUUUUGUGUUUUGUUCAAAGGGCCUUGAAAAGAUCCUUCCUUAGAGGCACUGACCAUCGCAUAUUUUUUUCAGGUUAUUUAUGGGAUAAAUUCAGAUAAAACUUAUAGAUACUUAUCCUCCCCCCUCCUCCACACCUGCUACCUUAAAAUACCACCUUAAAGUUAGUUUAGAUUCCUAAGCGCAGGGCCCAGGGCAGCUCUUCCCAACCUGAGCUGAUGCCCCCGGCUAGAGAGAAUGUUGCUUCUUUCCAGCUCAGACUCCUCCUCUUUCAUCCCCUCUUAUCGCCCCAGGUUGCAGGCCAGGAGCAGAGAAUACUUCCCCUUUAACAAUCAUGUCAUAUCACAUGCUGCUUUUUACCACCUUUCACAGAUGGGGUGUUCUGCAUUUUAAACAACGCCCUCCCUUUUUGGCAGGAGGGGGUUGGAGAGGAAAGCAGUUCUUUCCCGUCAGCUGAGCGCCAUCCCCUUUUGUAUACCCUUCUCCCGCCGCUGUCAAAAACGGCAGAAUUGUGCUCUUAAAAGACAGAGCAGGUGAGGCUGUGACUUGAGUCACACUCCGGUGAAAAAGGUGAGUACAGCUCACCUCCUUGCCUACCAAAGAGGGGCAACACAGACCUUUCCCUUCCCCCAAUCCAAAGCUACCACAGCACUAGGUUGUCCUGACCUGCAUUAAUGCACACAACCCACUGGGCAACCCACUGCCCCCCCCAAAAAAAACCCUGAUCUUCUGCGAGAUGGUGCUUUGUUCCCAAAGAUAAGACUCUCAAGAAACUUAAUCUGCCAGGAACAAAUAGCUCCUUGCCUCCCUCCUCUUCGGCCAGAGGAGAUGAGAGCAGCGUGUUUGAAGCAAGUGACCUCCCCAUCCCAUUUUUAAUUUUGACUUGAGUGUUGGUGCUGUGGUACUGAAAAGGUGGGUUGAGGGUGUCUCAAUAGCAAAGAAGGUAUUGGUAACGUUUCCAAAACGGCAGCUUUUAAUAGCAUUGCCGUGUGGCGCUAAAUUGGCUGGCCACACCUUGAGAGCAGCGAUAGGUGAAAAGAAUGGAGCCUGUCUCCUGGCCUCCUUUCCUCUCUAGAAAGGACUUCAUACACUCCUACCAAUGUUUGUUUUUUCUCUGUGUGUUUGUGUGAAACCCUUUUUGUCCUAAAACCACAAACAAAACAAAAAAAGGAAAGAAAAACCCCAAUCUUAAGUUGAAGGCACAGUGUCAACAGCUGUGUAAGCAUCAGCGUUCCGUUGCAAACUUCAGGUGGUUCUGUACAAACUGCAAAAUAAAUGUUUUUAUUAACAAGUUACAGUAUUGGAGUCUGUCCCUAUGUAUCAGUGAGGCCUGCAGCCCUUUGAACUAUUGCUCCCAGUGACUGUUUGCGCCCCCACACACUCAAUUCUUACCAGCCAUCAUAGUUUGCUUAGGAUACUGGAAACGCAUAAUCCUAAAGGAACAGAACAACCAGAGCUUCUUUACAGGUAGGCAAACUAAGGCCCCGGGGGCCAGAUCCAGCCCAAUCGCCUUCUAAAUCCGACCCAUGGACGGUCCGGGAAUCAGCAUGUUUUUACAUGAGUCUCCUUUUAUUUAAAAUGCAUCUCCGGGUUAUUUGUGGGGCAUAGGAAUUCGUUCAUUUUUUUCCCUUUCUCUCCAAAAUAUAGUCCGGCCCCCCACAAGGUCUGAGGGACAGUGGACCGGCCCCCUGCUGAAAAAGUUUGCUGACCCCUGAGGUACACAUUGGCAACUCCAAAAGUCCCCGUGACAGCAAACACAAGCUGUGUGUGUGUGUGUGUGUGUGUGUGUGUUUGUGUUUGUUGGUUUGGAGUGGUCAGUGGAAUGGAGCUGCCCCACUUAACUUUUUACUUACACCGUUUCAUAUCCUAAUUUGAAGUUGCUGCUUCCUCCGCAGCAGGGGUGGGACGUACAGCUACUUGUCCAAAGGAAUAACCCCAAGGUUCCUCCUAUUUUUCUUCAUUUUUGUCCCUUUUGUAUAUGCUCGUUCAAUAAACUCUGUUGUACAAUCACU